GAUGUAGAUUUCAUUUUGCCAGUUAUGAAACCAGCCAAACGUCUUUGUUUACCCAUUCCGCCAUCGAUUAAAAAUGUCUAUACAUUGCUGGUAUAUUUUAAGCAGAAUCUAUCUCAUUAUCUUAAAGUUUUUAGCGGCUCAGAGGUUACUAGUGCAAUCGAACGUCAUCAUAAUACGAUUUAUGGUGUUUCAUGCAACAAAAUUUCUAAUAUUGAUGAUGGAAGGAAAUCUCCAAUUUCAUCUUAUGAUAUUCAACUUCACGAAUUUUCAUUUUACUACAACAACAAUACUCAACCUCGGUCCGCCAAUCCUACUUUUGAGUCAUCAGUUGGUCAAGGAAUUGCAGGAAUUUGUAUAACCUUAAUAAAUCGGGAUGGCAGGCCUGUAUUUGAGUUGCCUAUGUCUGAUAAAUAUGUUAUGAAUGACACGGACAUGGCGGCUAUAUUGGAUUAUAUUUCAGAGGAAGAAGUUAUUAUCACCUCAGAGGAAGAUGUUAUUAUCACCUCAGAUUUGAAAAAAGAUGAAAGUACUAACUAUGAAUACAGUUUGCAUAUCGACCUAUGGAAUCAAGGUCAACUUAAUUAUAAGAAACUAUUCGAACGAAUCAGAACAAGUUUUAAACAAUGCCUAUGCGAUUAUUUCAUAGAAAUUUCAAUUACUCAAGGGUUAGGCCGCAUUUUAGAUCAAGUUGAAUACAAUAUUCCGCAAUCUUCUGAAAAUUAUUAUACUUUGGAUCGAGAAUGUUCUCCGCAAUACAUUGAUACACAUGUCCAAAAAGUAUUUAUAGAGCCUUGUAUGGCACUUUUAAAAAAAUCAGUCAAUUUAGAAAAUCCAGCGUUACAUUCAUUACAAGUACGACUUGAUAUGCCGUCAUGGAUGAUGGAUGAUUUCUUAGCAGAAGUUCGCGAGCUUUUAUCGGAUAUUCAUGUUGUAUUUACUCCUGUUAUUUUACGAGCCAUCCCAUCUCCCACGCCUUCUAUCAUUAAUAAUGAUAAUAUUUAUGAAAUAUAUCGUCCAAAUCAUUCAGUAUCAGCAACAGAACAAGCUAUGACAGUUAGGCCUCAAUAUUUACUAAUUGCUGGUCUUAAAGAGUUAAAUAAAAAAUAUGGUGUAUAUAGAUCGUCUCAAGAAGAUCGUCGAAGCAGUUUAGGGAGUGAUAGUACACAUUCACGUAGAAGUUCUGUUGAAGAUCUCUCAAAUGAAAAGUCUAAUAUGCCUCACUCACGAAAAAGUUCUUUAAUGACGCAACAAACUCGUCUCCUCGAUAUAAUGAUGUACACCAUACCACAUUAUGAUGUCCAAUCAAACCCACAGGCUCUCAUUUUAUACCGUUCUUGUUUCUUAGCCAUGUCAAUUGACGGCUUCGAUUUGACGAUUUAUACUUAUAAUUGGCACAAACAUUAUACAGAUCUGGUAUUUUCUGCGAUGAAAAAGAUUUCAGACUGGCAUAAUCAACGUAUUGGACUUUUAAAUAGCAUACUUUAUCAAAAAAUGGGCUUAUUUUAUCAUGGUUGUAUAUCGCUUAAACCCUCA